AUGGCUGCCAAUAAUGCAUACCAAUUGGAUCCCGGUCCACUUGAUCCGUGUGUAUUAAUUGAACAGCUCACUCAUAGGUCACGAGAUAUAUGGAUAGGAAAUGAUAAUAUGAUUUUGAACACAAGGAAAUGUGAUGGGAAGUUUUGGGACCUUGUAAAUGAACAUCCCAUCCAUCCACGAGUUCUAGAUGUGAUUAAAUUUUCCGAAUUAUAUGGUAUUUAUAGAUCUCAUAGGCCUGUUAUAGAUCGUAGUUUAAUCACUGCACUGGUUGAAAGAUGGCGUCCUGAGACUCAUACAUUCCACUUUAGGACGGGUGAGGCUACGAUCAUCUUGCAGGACGUGGAGAUAUUGUAUGGCUUACCCGUGAAAGGUAAUCCGGUAGUUGGGUAUGAGCCACAGAGGUCCGUAGUUGAUUGGCAAAAUAUUUGUCAAAGAUUAUUAGGUUUUACUCCACACCCUCAAGACUUUAAACAUAGUAGUCUCAAGGUCUCUGCGCUUAAUGCACACUUGAGACUUCAGCCACGGUUGCCUGACUUGGCAACACAUGAUAUGGUCAACGAGAAGGCUAGGUGUUAUAUGUUUUGGAUGAUUGCUGGUUUAAUGUUGGCAGACACAUCUGGCGGUCUUUUAAAGCUUAUGUACUUGCAUAUGCUGGAAGAUAUCACUGUAGUAGGGUCUUACAGUUGGGGUAGUGCAACCCUAGCAUACUUGUAUCGCUUUCUUUGUAAAGCCUCCCAAAGUACCCAAAAUGAGAUUGCUGGAUUCCUACCACUACUUCAGAUUUGGGCAUGGGAAUGAGUUACUGUCCUUAGGCC